AUGGCAGGUGACGAAGACAACAUGAAAGCCACGGUGGCACGCCUUGAGGAGGAUGUGCAUGCAUACACAGAGCGGUUCACAUCGUUCGAGGGCGCACUUGAUAAGCGUCUCAAGUCGAUCGAGGAUAGCAAUGAGACGUUAAUGAUAACAAUGAUCGUGAUCAUCGUCGACUACGCAAUAAUCAACAAGGUAUGGGACAACACCAGCGUCCUCAGGUCGUACUUCCACAUGGGCGUCGCGCACUCCUGCUGCCCCGUCCACUCGCACCUCUACAACAGCACCUGCAACCUCUCGACUGGGGCCUUCUUCAUCAACUUCAGCAUCACACACUUCGGCACCACUGAAAAGUACUACACAAAUUCCAACAAAAAGUUCAUCGUCAUCGUCCGCUUCCUCCAAAAGAACAAAGGAUAUCCAAUGCCACACUUGCAAGGGAUUUGGCCAUACGGCGAGUACGACUCUGCUAGUGAUUUUGAUGAAGACACAUAUGCCUUGCUUGCUACACAUGAAGACGAUGACACAAGACCGGAGCAAGAGGAAGAACAUGUGACCGCUGACGACGCCGAUAAGUACAUGAGUCUUAUAUCACAUCGUGUACUUAGUGCUCAGAUUGUCAAAGCAAAGAAGGAUCAACGUCACAACCUCUUCCACAUCAAAGGAGUCGUCAAGGAGCGUUCCGUUCGCAUAAUCAUUGAUGGAGGGAGUUGUAACAAUUUAGCAAGCAUUGACAUGGUGGAGAAGCUCUCCCUACCUUCGCGACAACAUCCACAACCAUACUACAUUCAAUGGUUUAAUGAUGGUGGAAAGUGUAACUUUGGGCCGAUCCAUUUCCACAUUUCAUUUUGGGCUGCUGCUGCUUCGACUCCACCGACCACAUCCCGCGUCCGCCUGCCCCCGCAGCCCUCCUCCCUGCCCCGCGCCUCCGCCGUCUGCAAGCACUGGCGCCUCCUCGUCCCCGACCCAGGAUUCUCCCGCCGCUUCCGCAUCCACCACCGCCGCAGCCCUCCCCUCCUCGGUUUCUUCCGCAGAAAUGACGCCCUGUCCUCGUAGUUCGUACCCACUCUCGACGCCCCGGAUUGUGUUUCCCCCGGUCGUUUCUCCUUGCAGCGCGGCGACGGCGACCAGUUCAUGUCCCUCGGAUGCCGCCAUGGCCUGGUGCUCGUCUCCAACAAACCUAAGAACCAGAUCCUGGUGUGGGACCCCGUCACCGGCGACCAGCACCGCCUUGUGGUGCCCCCGGGGGUUGCGGCACAUGCAGAGAAGACAGUGAUCAACGGGGCGGUGCUUCGUGCUCGUGCCGCCGGAGAUGAUGCCCAGCACUUCCAGGUGGUGUUGGCAGUGGCAGACAACGACGACGAGCAACACCAUCGUGCUCUGGCCUGUGUUUACUCGUCAGAGACCGGCACAUGGGGUGAUCUCGUCUCAACACAGCUUCCACCUGAUGUUCUAACGAGUGAUGCUCCAACCUUGGUUUCUACUGACAAGCCUGCUGUGCUGGUUGGGGAUUCCCUCUACUGGAAACUUGCUGGGAAUAUGGAUGGAAUCCUCGAGUUUGAUUUGGAGAAGCAAAGCCUAGCUGUGAUACAGGUGCCGGUGCAUAUCCUUGAAGAGGGCCAGUACAUGUUCUUGAUUAUGCGGGCAGAGGGUGGUGGCCUUGGUUUACUCACCCAGACAGACUGCAGCAUCCAAUUGUGGAAGAUGAACACUGAUUGUGAUGGUGUCGCUUCAUGGGGGCUUGGAAGAACCAUUGAACUGGACAAGCUACUUUCUCUGAAUUCUGAGGAGACUGACAUGUUGAUACCAGGGCUCGAGGAGGAAAAUAAUGUGGUGUUUGUGUGGACAGAUCACAUCGUCUUUAUGGUCCAGCUUGAGUCAAUGAAGUUCAAGAAGCUUUCUGGAACCUACCCCCUUUCUCAUUAUCAUCCAUUCAGAAGUGUCUACGCGGCAGGUCUCUAG